AUGCAGCAGCCGUUUUCCAACGAUGCUGUUGGACAACAGCAAGACACUAAGAACCGAAUUUUGGUUCAAAAAAAGCUCAUUCUUUUAUCACACGCGAUGCAGUGUAGAAAGAAUAGACAGGCUGGUCUGCUCGUUAAUUGUUCCUCGCCGGCCUGCGCUGAAGUGCAAGAAAUCUUGUCUCACAUAUCGACAUGUGACCGCCAUCGAGCGUGCCCUCGUCCACACUGUGUUUCUUCAAAAUUAGUGAUAAAUCACUGGAGCACAUGUACGAAUCCAAACUGUCCGGUCUGCUCACCCCUACGAGAUUCUUCCCAGCACGCACGAACCCAAGCGGAUAUUAGUGGCCAGAACAUAUCCGGCGGAAGAAAUACAAACAACUUUCCUUAUGAAGGAAACAGUGCCUCACAAGCGUUUUCUCGGUCUUCUAACGCAUUGUCUGAUACAAUUCCUCUAAGUCAUUUGUCAAACUGUCCAAAUGGCACAAGCUGGCGUAAUGAAGUGAACACCGCUACACGUGAACGUUACCUCAAAAAAUUUUACAAGGAGCUUUUUCUGCCGAACUUAACUAUGCCACCCGACCGAAGAGCGAUCCUUAUAAUGGACAGGGUGAAGGCUUAUGAGAAGGAACUUUACACAAACUCAACUAGCAAGGAAGAAUAUAGUGAGAAGUUGUCCCGGUGCUGCCUCAACAUACAAAAUGAGUUAAAAAACGCUUAUCGCAAUAUUCCCAGCGGUUUGAGUAAUGGAACUUCAUCCCCACUACCGUGUAAAGUAGAGCCACCGACUUCGAAUGACAUGAAUUUUGCUCAAGGUGGGUCGGGAAUCGUUCCGUCAGACUGCACGCACCGCAAUACUUUUCAUUCUGCUGAGCAUUUUCAGUCAAAUGAGUUGGUUCAAUCAAACAAUACCCUGAUGAAACUUGAACCAGCCUCCGAAUCACCUCAAACUACUGUUCCUACAUGCGAAAAUUCGUCAACCAGUCAGAAUUCAAUCUUUGAUUCGACCGCCGUUGAAGUGAAACAGGAAGCAGUUUUAACUCAGGCAACUUCGGAGAAACCCCAAGUUCUCGUUAAUGGUGAAGUAAAAGGACUCAAACAAGAUGGGUCCGUAUCUGAAUUUGUGUCUGGAUUUUUACCAUCGUCAUCCCCGUCCGCCGUUUCACAAAACGCAGAUUUGAAGGAGUCAAAAUGCGUAUCAUGGUCUCGCAAAGAACUGUUGAAUACCUUUUCGCCUUUACUCCAAGAACUGAAAUUAGAAAGUUCUGCGUUGCCGUUCCUUCAGCCUGUUCAGUACAAGGAGCUCGGACUUGUAGACUACUUAAGCGUUGUCAGUACUCCCAUGGAUUUGUCCCUAAUCGAAGAAAAAUUAAACAAUGGUGCAUACAAGGAUCCUUGGGGUGUUGUGGAUGAUUUUUGGCUUAUGUUUAACAAUGCAUGGCUGUAUAACAAAAAAGCCUCCAAAGUGUACAAACACUGUUCACAGUUGGCCGAAAAAUUCGAAAGUUUAGUUGAUCCGGCGAUGCAAUCGCUCGGUUUCUGUUGUGGCCGCGAAUAUGUGUUUUACCCCCAUGUUUUGGCUUGUUUAACCGAAAAGUCAUGCAACAUUAACAGGGAUGCUGUAUAUUAUGCCUUUGACAACUCUGAUAAAAAGCAACCAGGAUUGAUAUGGGACAAAUACAUUGUCUGUGAAAAAUGUUUUCUCGAAGCCGACGAAAAAGUUGCCAUAGAUGAUACAAACUCUGCUGUUUUUAUAGAAAAGUCCCUCUUCGAGAAACAGAAGAAUAACAUAAUUGUCAAGGAAGAUUUUGUCAAUUGUCGCGAAUGCAAUCGAAAGUGGCAUAAAAUUUGCGCGUGUUACAUGGAAGAGAUUUGGCCGACUGGAUUCUUGUGCCCAAAGUGCAUCAAAGAUGGUUCGCUUACUCGGCCACUAAAUCGAUAUACUGCCAAACGAAUCCCGACAUGCAAACUGAGCAACUAUUUGGAGAAGCGCGUCAAUGACUUCAUGAAACGAAAAGGAUGUAAUACGAGCAGCGUCAUCGUGCGCGUUCUUGCCAGUGCAGAUAAAACGAUGGAGGUGAAGAAAUACAUGAAAAAGCAUUUCGUCGAAAAGGCAAACUUUCCCGAAUCCUUUCCUUAUCGAGUGAAGGCCAUUUUUGCCUUCCAGGAAAUCGAUGGACAAGAAGUCUGUUUUUUCGGUCUUCAUGUGCAAGAAUAUUCUUCCGAAUGUCCCGCACCAAACAACCGACGAGUUUACAUAGCUUACUUGGAUUCCGUCCACUUUUUUCAACCCAAACAAUAUCGAACUGACAUAUAUCAUGAAAUAUUGAUAGGCUAUAUGGACUAUGCUAAACAGCUGGGUUUCGCUACAGCACACAUUUGGGCUUGUCCACCAGGUGAAGGUGAUGACUAUAUUUUCCACAUGCAUCCUGCCGAACAGAAAAUACCAAAACCACGCCGCUUACAGGAAUGGUAUCAGAAAAUGUUGAAGAAGGCGCACAACGAACGUAUUGUCGCUGACUACAACGAUAUUUGCCAAGAUGCUGGUGAUGUCGACUCGUUUUCGCCCGCAAACCUGCCCUACUUUGAUGGCGAUUAUUGGCCAAACACAUUGGAAGAUAUUUUUAAGUCGGUCGAAGAAGAGGAAAACAAACGCAAACGAGAAGAAGCAGAACUGGCUAAAGGUGAUGAUAUUGAGGAUGUAGUUGACGAGGAUAGCAAUCAUGGGGACUCCGAUCGUAAACCUGGCAAAAAGAAGGCAAAAAAGCGAAAAAUGAAACGCACCACAUCUGCUAUGGCUCUUGGCAAACGGAAGCGCUUCAAUGGCCUGGGGAUUUCCGACCCAGGGUCUGAGGUUGCCCGUAAGGUGUAUGAAAUCAUGGAAAAGAACAAAGAAACCUUCUUCGUAAUCCGACUUCACCAGCCUAGCGCUGUUGCAUCCCUCGGACCGAUAAAAGAUCCUGAUCCACUUAUAGCAUCAGAGCUUAUGGAAUGUCGUGAUAACUUCUUGGGCCGUGCGCGAGAAAAGCACUUGGAAUUCUCUUCCCUUCGACGCGCCAAGUACUCUACCCUGGCCUUUAUGUAUGACAUUCACACCGAAAACCGAAGCUCUCUGAUGUACACAUGUAAUAAGUGUAGCAACCAAAUCAGUAUGCCAUGGCAGUGCGUACAAUGUGAUGACUAUCAUCUGUGCGAUUCCUGCUAUCAACAGAAGAAACACCCUCACCCCAUGACCCAGGUUAACGUUUCGGAUGGUAAUUUGAACGAGGAUAGUAGUGGAGCUGCUGUACAGGAGUCAAGCAGGAAUUUAGUUGAGCGGUUUGUUGAACUGUUAGAGCAUACUUAUUCCUGCCGUGACGCCAACUGCUAUAUCAAGGCUUGCCAGGGGAUGAAGAAGAAAUUAGAACACUUCAAGUUACACCAUGAUUGGACGAAGUGUCCUAUUUGCAAGCAUGUGUACACUUUCCUUAUAGCUCACUCAAACAAAUGCCACGAGACCAAGUGUCCCGUUGUCUUGUGUGACAAAUUUAAAGCUAAGAAGAAGCAGCAAGAAAGUCAGCGCAGGAUGAUGCAGGUUCAACAUUUACGGCGUCGGCAGGCGACAAUGCAACGUAGCAACAGCAAAACACCACAACAGCAACCAAAUACUCCCCAGCCACCGAGUGUUUCAGUCUGCCACUUGCCAUUAUCCCAAACGAACGUUCAGCAGGCUAGCCCUUCUGUCUCGCAGUGCACUCCAACGUCCUCAGAACCUCCACUUAGUUUCUCGACACAGAACUCUCUCACUUCACCCAAUUCUGUUCAUUCUCGGAAUUCUCCCAUAAAGUCUACUAAUACGCCGUUACACCAACCCGUUGGUGCACCGAUUGUCAGCAAUAGAUCACUUCAAUACUCCCACUCCUCUCCAUACCAACUCUCAGGGCUGCAGAAUCCCCAGCAGCAGACUACCCCAUCACCAGGAAAUUCUCACAAAACAUGCCACGUUCAACCUUCGUCGGUGCCCCCACAGCAGGUACAACAGCAGCAAAUUUAUAAUCACCAGCAACAACAACAGCAGCAGCAGCAGGUAUUCAUUGCCGCCUCUCCAAACGUUGGUGAUUAUCAGCAAAUGCCAGCCUCCAAUGCCUCGGCCGCAUCGCAACCGCCGAUUUACAACGACUCGACGCAGCCUAUGAUUCAGAUGUCCAAUUCGUCAUAUGCUCCACAACCAGUGUUACAACAGUACUUCCCUCGGUCUAACCUCCAUUCACCUCAUGGUAUGAAGAAUUUUGCUUCCGCGGAUCAACUCAUGGCUGCGAAUAGCCGGGAUCAAGCGCAGUUUGUGAGACAAUCUUCUCAGCAGAGGCCUGAAGACCUGUUUCCCCCUAAUCCCGGCGUGCUUCGUUUGCAGUCUUCUUCGGGUUAUGAA